AUGCAAGGCUUUUGGCUUCAAAUCUCACAGCGUGGUCGGGAAGUGCUGAACCGCACAUUCACAACACCGCUUCCUCAUGCCGAGCUGCACCUUCUGCCAGGACGGUAUCGAUGGCAGGUGCAAUGGUUCAGCACCGCUGGCGAGGUCUCGGAAGUAGCAUCCUCUGAUGUUGUGGUUGCCGAUGGGGACGACGUCUGGACAGGCAUUCCGUGGAUGGGAGCCAACGACACCAACGAGUACGAAACAACAUUUGACUUUCACGCGGGCAAGACUGACCAGGUGGAGUUGCUGGUGACAACUUUGGGUUUCGGGUAUGUGCAGAUCAACGGCCACGAAGUGUCUCAGGACAUUCUCUCGUAUGCAGGGUGGACCCGGACGGACCGGCGUGUCCUCUACCGAACCUACGAAGUGACCCAGCUGCUGAACGCAACGGCCGGCGGACGUUUGCUGGUCGCAUUGGGAUGCGGGUACAGGUGUGACCCGAAAGGCCGAUUUCCAAGUUACAAAGACCAACCCGAAGGCUUCCACACAGACACGGUCCCUAAAGCAUUUCGAUUGCAGCUGCGGAUCAAUGGGCAGAGGGUCCUCCACACCGGCACGCCUGGGGCCUGGCGGCGGCGCCAGGGUGCAGUGACGCUGGACUCUGUCUACGAUGGUGAAGUCUACAAUCCCCGUGCAGUUGGCCCCUGGAUGGCAUCGGAGGCUCUUCCCUUGGCUCAUGGCCCACGGGGCACCAUGGUGGCGGCAUCUUUCCCAGGCGUGCAGGUCACCCGUAUAGAUCAUCCACUAUCCAUCACGCAGCCAGCAGAUGGCGUUCAUGUGGUUGACUUUGGUUCGAACGUGGCCGGAGUGUGCCAGAUCUCUGUGCCGCAAGCCGCGACAGUCACGUUGAAGCAUGGCGAGGUGCUGCAGCAUUCUGCCAUGCCGCUGAAGAAAGUGGACCCAUCUCGAGUUUACUUCGACAAUCUCAGAUCUGCUGCCGCCAACGACACGCUGGUCCUAGAUGGUCCCAUUCAGAAUUGGAGACCCAGAUUUACAUACCAUGGAUUCCGCUAUGUGGAAGUCUAUGGAUUUCCAGGACAGCUGACAGCGGACCUCAUACAGCGAUUGGUGAUGAACACAGCCGUCUCAGACAAAGUAAACGUGACCCUCGGAGAUGAGGUUCUCCAGGCAAUCCACAUGGGCUCCAAAGGGGUGCAGCGGUCGAACCUCAUGCAGGUGCCAACCGACUGCCCUCAACGGGAUGAGCGGCUGGGCUGGAUGGGUGACGCGUCGCUGUCGGCUGCAUCGCUUUUGGCCCAUUGGAACUACAAGAGCAUGGUGUCCGCCUUUGUGGACUCCAUGGUCGAUGAGCUGGGUGCAGAUGGAUCAUUGCCGGAUGUGGUGCCCUUUCAGCGCUUUGGUGGGAGGCCGGCGGAUCUCUCCUGGAGUGCAGCUUUCUUGGAGAACCUGUGGUCCCUAUGGCAGGAGGGCGAGCUGAAGCCAGCACAGACUCAUUGGGAGAGCGUGAAGGCCCACGUGAGCAAGCUUCGUGCCACGUACGCAGCAGCAGGGAACAUCACCAAGCUGCCUCAGUCUUACGGCGACUGGUGCCCUCCUCCCAGGACACCAGGCAGCAAGACAAGUGAGAAGCCCCCAGCGGGCUUCACAUCUGCGGCGUCCUUGAUGCGGAGCGUGCGACAAGCUGCUGAGUUGGGUACAGCCUUGGGAGGUUCCGCGGCUAAAGAUGCCGAAGCGAUGCAUGACUGGCACCAGAGCAUGCUGCGCGAGUUUCAUGCAGGCUACUACAAUCCUGUCAACCAAACCUACGCGAACGGCGUGAUGGCGACGUACGUUCUGCCCUUGGCCAUCGGCGCCGUCCCUGCCACAGAAGUCCCAGCUGUCUCACGCGGGCUCCUCAAGUACAUUGCUGACCACGGCAACACCUGGACUGGUGGCAUCAUCACCGUACGCUUCUUGUUUGAUGUGCUGCAUGACAUCGGGGCUGCUGCUACGGCGCUUUCCAUGUUGCAGAAGAAGGACUACCCAUCGUAUGGUUACAUGUACUUCAACGAAUACGAGCCUGCAAAUGAAAGCAUGUGGGAGGUGCCUGAUGCCCCGUACCAGGGACCAGGGAUGAACUCCAGGGCGCACCACAUGUAUUCAUCCGUGGGCCACUACUUGACAGCGCGUGUGGCAGGCAUCUCGCUGUCUCAGGGCCACCAUGUGAAGAUGGUGGUUGGACAGUUGGACCAAGUGACGGCUUCGCUCGGUACAGACUUCGGCACCGUGCACUUCAGCUGGUCCAGGAAGCCCACGCUGGUGGUUGAGGUCGUGGUGCCUGUCGGUAUUGUGGCUCACCUCCUCGUGCCCGUGUCGGACGGCAGCGUCAUCUUCCGAUCCUGCGACAUGCAAUGCGAUGAUCUGCGGUCUCAUGUCGACUCCGGCUCUGGGAAGUACGUGCGCUUCUCCAUACCCUCGGGGGCACAUACGCUGGCUGCGGAGAUCAGCAUCGCUUCGAGUGGAGUAGCCUCGGGUGAGCUGAUGGUAUAG